AUGUCUCUAUAUCCCAUUCUCUAUCUCUCUAUCACUAUCUCCUCUCCUCUCGUCUCUCGAACACAUUCUAUGUAUCUAUAUCCUUUCUCUCUCUCUCACACUAUCUCCUCUCGUCUCUCGAACACAUUCUAUGUAUCUAUAUCCCUUUCUCUCUCUCUAUCACUAUCUCCUCUCGUCUCUCGAACACAUUCUAUGUAUCUAUAUCCCUUUCUCUCUCUCCUAUCACUAUCUCCUCUCGUCUCUCGAACACAUUCUAUGUAUCUAUAUCCCUUUCUCCUCUCUCUCUCUCUAUCCUAUCUCCUCUCGUCUCUCAGACACAUUCUAUGUAUCUAUAUCCCUUUCUCUCUCUCUCUCUCACUAUCUCCUCUCGUCUCUCUAUAUCGAACACAUUCUAUGUAUCUAUAUCCCUUCUCUCUCUCUAUCUCUAUCUCCUCCUCGUCUCUCAACACAUUCUAUGUAUCUAUAUCCCUUUCUCUCUCUCUAUCACUAUCUCCUCUCGUCUCUCGAACACAUUCUAUGUAUCUAUAUCCCUUUCUCUCUCUCUAUCACUAUCUCCUCUCGUCUCUCCUCUAUGUAUCUAUCCCUUUCUCUCUCUCUAUCACUAUCUCCUCUCGUCUCUCAGAACACAUUCUAUGUAUCUAUAUCCUUUCUCUCUCUCUCUCUCUGCUAUCUCCUCUCGUCUCUCAGAACACAUUCUAUGUAUCUAUAUCCUUUCUCUCUCUCUAUCACUAUCUCUCUCGUCUCUCGAACACAUUCUCCCUAUCUAUAUCCCUUUCUCUCUCUCUCUCACUCAUCUCCUCUCGUCUCUCGAACACAUUCUCUGUAUCUAUAUCCCUUUCUCUCUCUCUCUAUCACUAUCUCCUCUCGUCUCUCAAACAUUCCCUGUGCAUCUUAUAUCUCUUUCUCCCUCUCUCGCUAGCACUCUCCUCUCGUCUCCCAGUGAACAAUCGUUCUACGUAUCAUAUCAAACCUCUUCCCCUCUCUUUUUUCCAGUCCUCCUCUCACCUCCCCAGACAGCAUUCGUUGGCGACUCUUCCCACCCCAUUUCUCAUCUUCAAACUUCUUCUUACUCCCUCUCUAUUUCCAGCCCUCGGUACCAAUCGCCUUCCCAGUGUGAGCAAUAGUUAUGACGUCUUCCACCUAUCAAUGUGCAUAUUCAACUUCGCUUUCUCCACUUUUUCCAGCCCUGCGCCCAUCGCCUUCCAGCUCCAGCAAUCCCUUCCCAAUGUAGUCAAUCGCCUUCCUAUCGUGUGCAUCUUCGACUCUUUCUCCUCUCCUUUUUCCAGUCCUCAUGUCGCUAUUCCCAAACAAUCGUUGGCUCCUUCCAUAUCGAUGUGCAACGUUCUCAAUCUCCUCUCCCAGUCGCUCCUCCACCUUCCCAGUCUAUCGUUGGCGACCUUCCAGUGUGAUCUUCGAACUUCUUGUCUAUCCGCGUUCCAGUGUGGUAAUCGUUGGCGAUUCCCCACCCAUCGAUGUGCAUCUUCAAACUUCUCUUUUCUCUCCUUUUUCCAGGCUCGUCCUCGUUGUCAAUCACCUCCCCAGCAGUUUCCAGCACGUCUUCCACCUAUCGAUGAUGUCUUCAUUCGCCCUCUCUAUUUCCAGUGUCAAUCGCCUUCCAGUGUGAGCAAUAGUUGGCGACGUCUUCCACCCAUCGUCGUGCAUAUUCGAACUUCUUUCCUCCACUUUUUUUCCAGCCCUCGUUGUCUAUCGCCUUCCCAGUGUGAGCAAUCGUUGAGACGACGUCUUCCCACCUAUCGAUGUGCGUUUUCAAACUUAUCUUUCCCUCUCCUUUUUCCAGCCCUCCGGUGUCCUAUCCCCUUGCUUCCCAGUGGAGGCAAUCGUUGGCGACGUCUUCCCACCUAUCGAUGUGCAUCUUCAAACCUUUCUCCUCCCUGCUUUCUUUCCUCGUUGUCAAUCCUUUUUUCCAGUCCCCACCUAUCGAUGGCCAUAUCGCCUUUUCUCCUUUUCCAGCCCUCCUGUAAUCACCUUACCAGUGCUGAGAGCAAUCGUUGGCGACGUCUUCCCCACCCAUUACGCAUCUUCAAACUUCUCUUUUCUCCCUAUCCGUUUUCAGCCCCCUCGUUGUCAAUCAUCACCUUCCCAGUCUUCUCCACAUAUCGUGAGCUUUUCCAAUCAUCACCUCCCGGCGAAUCGUUGGCUCUUCCCACCUAUCGAUGUACAUCUUCAAACUUCUCUUUCCUCUGCUUUUUCCACGUCUUCCCACCUAUCGGUGACUAUCGCCUCCACUCCCAGCCCUCAAUGUCUACUCGAGCAAUCGUGGCGACGUCUCUUCCCACCUAUCGAUCCCUCAGUGUCAAUGUCCCAAUCGCACCUAAUGAUGCCUGUGUGGAGCUCCUCUCCUGGCCCUCAGUGUCAAUCCCCUUCCCAGUGUCCGUUGGCGACCUUCCCUUAUCGAUGUGCAUAUUCGAACUUCUCUUUUCAACUCCUUUACAGCCUCGGUGUCAAUCACCUUCCCACCCUCGGUGCCUAUCGCCUUCCCCAGUGAGUAACGUUGGCGACGUCUUCCCACCCAUGGCAUCUUUCAACUUCCCUUUCUCCUCUCCUUUUCCAGCCGUCGGUGUCAAUCGAUUUCCCAGUCGCAUGCUUCCCAACUAUCGAUUCCCCCUCGGUGUCUUCAAUUCUCUUUCUCGCCCCUCCGUGUCCAGUGUGAGCAAUCGUUUGCGACGUCUUCCCACCUAUCGAUUCCUCGUUGUCACCUCCCCAGUUUCGUUGGCGAGCCUUCCCCACCCUAUCGAUGUCAUCUUCAAACUUCUCUUCCCAGUCUUCCCUGUGGCAUCGCUUCUUCCUCUCUUUUUCAGCCCUCGUUGUCUACGCCUUCCCACCUAUCGAUCUUUGCAUCUUCGAACUAUCGGUGCGAUGUCUUUCAAUCAUCUUCGCCUUCCUCUCUCCUUUUUUCCAGCCCUUGAAAUCGUUCCCAGUGUGACAGUCGUUGGCGACGUCUUCCCUAUCGAUCCCUCUUUUCGCCUUCCAGCCCAAUCGGUGUCUUCCCACCUAUCGAUGUGCAUCCCCAAACUUCUCCUUUCUCCUCUUUUUUCCACCCUCGUUGUCUAUCCCCUUCCCAGUGUGAGCAAUCGUUGGCGACGCCUUCCCACCCAUCGAUCCCUCGGUCUGUCAAUCCUUCCCAUUUUGAGCAAUCGUUGGCGACGUUUUCCCUAUCGAUGUGUCAAACUUCUCUUUCUCCUCUCCUUUUUCCAGUGUCAAUCACCUUCCCAGUUUCCGUUGGCGACCCUUCCCACCUAUCGAUGCAUCAUCAAACUUCUCUUUCUUCCUCUCCUUUCCUCGCCUUCCCAGUGUGAGCAAUCGUUGGCGACGUCUUCCCCACCUAUCGAUUUUGAGCAAUCGUUGGCGACGUCUUCCCCUCCUCCUCUCCUAUCGAUGUGCAUCUUCAAACUUCUCUUUCCCUUUCUCCUCUUUUUCCAGGCGGUGUCAAUCGGUGUCAAUCACCUUCCCACCCUCGUUCCAAUCGUUGGCGACGUCUCCCAGUUUUCCAGCAAUCGUUGGCGACGUCUUCCCAUCGAUCCCUCGGUGUCAAUCUACCCACCUAUCGAUGUGCAUCUUCAAACUUUUCCCUCUCCUUUUUCCAGUCGUGCUCGGUGUCAAUCACCUUCCCAGUGUCAGCAAUCGUUUUACUCUCCACCAGCGACGUCUUCCCACCUAUCGAUGUGCAUCUUCAAACUUCUCUUUCUCCUCUCUUUUUCCAGGUGUCUCGCCUUCCAGUGUGAGCAAUCGUUGGCGACCUUCCCACCUAUCGAUGUGCAUCUUCAAUUCGUCGGUGUCAAUCGACGUCUUGGCCCACCUAUCGAUGCUCGGUGUCAAUCGCCACCUUCCAAUCGUUGUGAGCUUCCCCAUCGUUGGCGACGUCUCUUUCUCCCACCUAUCGAUGUGUCAUCUUCAAACUUUGGCGACGUCUCUUUCUCCUUCUUUCCUUUUUUUCCAGCCUCGCCUUUUCCAGCCCUUCGGUGUCAAUCGCCGUCUUCCCAGUGUGAGCAAUCGUUUGGCGACCUCUUCCCACCUAUCGAUCCUGCGGUGUCAAUCGUUCCGUCGAUGUGUCAAUCCUCUUCCCAGUGUGAGCCCUCGUUGCCUAUCGUUGGUGUGAUGCCUUCCCACCCAUCGAUGUGCAUCUUCAAACUUCUUUCUCUCUCCUUUUUCCCUCUCUUUUCCAGCCUUCCCACCUCGCCUCCUAUCUAUCUAUCUAUCUAUCUAUCUAUCUAUCUAUCUAUCUCAAUCUUUUCAUAA